GCCCUCUCCCUUUUACACAGUGUUUCUGGUCGGCAACGUUGCACGAGCACGGUUCGAAUUUUUGAUUAAAUAGCUUAAAUAAACGCAUUUAAAAUGGCUUUCGGUGAUGUCAAGACCCCACAAGGACUCAAGGAGUUGAACAACUUCUUGGCCGACAACAGCUACAUCAGUGGCUACACCCCCACCAAGGCCGAUUUGUCCGUGUUCGAAUCCUUGGGCAAGGCUCCAUCUGCUGAGCAGGCCCAUGUUGCUCGUUGGUACCGUCACAUUGCCUCCUUUGAGGCUUCAGAGCGUUCAGCCUGGGUUGGAGCUCCAUUGCCCCAAUUGGCCGGUGCCAAGCCAACAGUCGCUGCCCCAGCCAAGCCAGCUGCCGAUGAUGAUGAUGAUGUUGAUCUAUUCGGCUCUGAUGAAGAGGAGGAUGCUGAGGCCGAGCGCAUCAAGCAGGAGCGCGUUGCCGCCUAUGCUGCCAAGAAAUCGAAGAAACCCGCCCUUAUUGCCAAGUCAUCGGUUCUCCUUGAUGUCAAGCCGUGGGACGAUGAGACUGACAUGAAAGAGAUGGAGAAGAAUGUCCGUACCAUCGAGAUGGACGGUCUCUUGUGGGGUGCCUCCAAAUUGGUUCCAGUCGGCUAUGGCAUCAACAAAUUGCAAAUUAUGUGCGUCAUUGAGGACGACAAGGUCUCCAUUGAUCUGCUCCAAGAGAAGAUUGAGGAAUUCGAAGAUUUCGUACAGUCUGUGGAUAUUGCUGCUUUCAACAAGAUCUAAGAAGUGCAGCUGAAAUUACAUACAUAUAUAAACUAAUAAAACGAGCAAAGCAACAUUUUGAAAAAAAUUAUAA